GUUUCAGUUUAUUUAUGUUGAAAAAGAGAAUACAAAUUUGAAUGGUUUUCAUCAGCUGUUUACUAUUAAAACCAUUACAGGAGGUGGUGUGUUUGCGGCCUAUUUUAGUAGGAUUUAAUAACGUUCUACUGGUUCCCAUCUGUAAGAUAACACACAGAACAUAUAACACACAAAACACAUUAGAGACCACACAGCUUCCACAUAAACCAAUACCCACAUUAUUUCCAAUUAUAACCCAUAAAUCAAGAGUUGUUAAAUAUGUUUUCGGUUUAUUGAAUUGUGGCCUUGAUAAUAGACUAGCAGGACUUUCCUUUGCCCAGCCCUUUCUCUGAUCCCUUUCACAAGUAAUCCUUAAUCUCAUAAUCCGCAUUGGUGGUUGUUGUGAGGGCAGUUUGUCUUUCAGUGCGAGUUCAACAUGACAUCUUUAAUAAAGAGCGAGGAGGAGCGCGCUGACAAUUAUAAAAGAAUGGGAUACGAACAUCUACAACACAAUCAGUGGAGGAUGAAUGAUCUUCAGUCACAGCAGAGAAAUCACCCUCUCAGUAGGGCUGCUUGGCUGCAGGGUCGCUGGUUGGAGGUCAGUGAGCAGGAGCACAGGGCUCAGCUUCAUAACCAAAAGCUGCUGCAGGAUUUUCAAAGAGCACAAGACACACUUGAUGAUAUGGUGGCCCGCACUGAAGCCAUGAACACUAUACGGGUUCAGUAUGAAAGGUAUCUGGAAGAGAACUUCCCACGAUGGCAACAAAAGUUAAAAGACAUGCGAGUUUCUGACCAGUCCAAGCAAGUACAGAAACACCUUAGGAACCAUGUUGAUCUGAUGGGUGAAGACCAAGGUAUAAAGGCUCAACAUAGGUCUCAAAGUACAGUUGACCCUAUUUCCAUUCAUUUUCCAUAUCUAUCUCAGCUUCCAACUUGUCACACUUUGGCAACCACUCUUCAGACAGAUAAAGACACCAGGCAAAAUGCUGCAAGAUGCAACCAAAAUGACCAUGCAUACCUUCCACCCACAUGGUUAACUGGCCCACAGCAAUUAAUUUCAGGAAUCCCUCAAAACAACAUCCUGAAAGAUCACAAAAACUUUCAUAACAUUCAAGCCCUGAGUCAUCAUUUGUUACCCUGCGAUCGACACCAUCUCCAGUCGCACUCUCCAGUCCAGCAAAAUUCAUCGUCCAUAAACCAAAUGCAUCAAAACCCAUUGGCUGAUAAAAGACAUACAGGUCACUUAACUCCUACUGGUGCUUCCUGGCCACAACUUAUAUUAAACCCCAUGGCAUGGGGAAUGAUGGAUGUGUCGAACCCAGGUGUGGAAAGAACCCAUUGCAGUGAAACAAGCCAGGAAAACACAACAAAAGAAAUGUUAAAACCAUCAGAGGAGAGUAACCAGAGAUUAAAACACAAGAAGAAGGGAAGAGAGCGUGAUAACUUUUCCGAGCUGGACUGUAGACCAGGUUUGUUGUUUGACACUUUUAAUGAAACAGUGCGUCUGUUAAUAGACGAUGAAGACUGUAGUGAUGGACGUGCUGUUUCGUCCAAUGUUGUCGAAGACCCUGGUUUUAGGUUGAAGGAGAGGAGAAAGAAAAGAAGAGACAGGACAGAAUCACAGUCCACAGCGAAUGGGAGGAUAUCCCAGAGUUCAACCACUGUGCCACAAGAUGCUUAUCUAAAGAAAAGUAAAAAACUUCCAAAACCGUCAACAGCAGAGGAGCAGGAUAACAUCAAGGAAGCCACGAUUGCACACACUGAUACUAAUGUAGUGAAACAAGUCGAAGAAGAUGAUGAACAGGAAGGAAGUAGGAGCCAUGAAAUAACUCCAUGUAAUGCCGGCUCGGACAAAUCUGAUGGAACAGAACUCAACGAGAGGAACAGCGGAGAAGAAGAUACAGAGGAAGGAGAAAACAGUCAUGACCUCUUUGCAGAGAAGAAAAUAAGUGAGAGAAAUGGUAUGGAUGAACGUGAUGAGGAGAUAGAAGGAGGCAGAGAUGACGAAGAGGAAGCAGAAUUGGAUGAUAAGAGGGGGAGUGAUGGGAAUAGAGAUGAAACUGACCACAGUGAUGGAGAAGAGAGAGAGGGUGAAGAAGAUGUAACAGACAAUAUACCAGAUUCAGAUAGUGAGGAGGAAGCAGACAAACCAGAGAGAGAAAUGAAUAAGAACAGUUCAGAAGAUGAGCGAGUCAAAGAGGCCAGAGGAGCUGGAGGAGGAACUUUCAAAAUCGCAAGAAAUGAUGAGAAUGAAAGUGACGGGGAGAGUGACAACAAUGUUGAUAUAUCGGAGAGAAAGGUUACAAAUAACAGUCUUAAAGAGUUGUAUGGAGAUUACGAGACUGAUGAAGAUGAUGAGAUUGUGGUCGAGCAAGCAUACUACUGGACAAAAGAUUGUUUAUAUGAACAAACAAAAACAAAUGAUGAUGAUGAUAAUGAAGAUAUUGAAGAUCUUCUUAACCCACAUGUCAACUCCCAAACACAACAGGAGGAUUCUGUGGAGAAGACAGACCAAUCAAACGAUUUACUAUCGGAUUCAGAAGAUUUACCAAAGAAGUCUUUUCCAGCGGCCACAAAUAAGCCAGCGGUGUCUGACGAUGAGUUUGAUCACUUCUACGAUUAAACCACAAACUACAACACAAAAGGAGAACAACGUAAAACAACGUUGAAUGAAUGCAGCAGACAGAAGCUGCAGUAAUUCUAUGCUUUCAUAAAAUGGGCAAGGUGCACAUGCUAAACAACAGCCGCCGAGAGACCAGAGAGGCACAAGGCCGAGCGAUGAAUAGAGGAAUCAAAUUACAAAGGGAUGAAAGAGGAAGAAAGGGAUAAAUAGAUGCUGGGUGUCCCUCAUCUCUUUUUUUUUUGUUAUUUGCUGGUAGCUUAUCUGACUGUCCUGAAAGAAUCGUACCACUGUCACUGUGCAAACACAGGUGGAUCGGCUCGCCUGAUGGACGCCCAGAUGAAGAGAGAAUAAUAGAGGAGAUUAAUAGAGAAGUGCAGGGGAUGACGUUAAAUGCACUGCUUAAUGUGAAUGGGACGUUAUAUAGAAGUUAUAUAUCGCAAAGCUGUAAUAGCAUCACUUGCAUUUAACAGAAAAAUGUUGAAUGUGUUUUCAUGUCUUGUGGGGAAUCAAAGUUUGUCUUGAAUUCUUUGGCAUUCAUUUAAAUGUAGCAUGAGUUUGAAUGCUUUCUCAUUCAGAUAGGGAGCGUGGCCUAAAAGGAGGGGUUGAAUGGGGGGUUCAGGCAGAGAUGGGAAGCUAAGGGAAGGAGUACAGGGCUGUCACAGCCUCUGAGUGAUGGCUAUUUGAACAGGCAUAUUUACCCGAGCCCUUGUGAAAGGAGAUGGAGGGAGAGCAGCGGAGCCGUGCAGGCACAGACAGGCAAUAAAAAGCCGGCUACUGUGUAAACAACAUGGUCCGGUCUGUUCGCCUGCAGCCAUGCCAACAGGGCAGCUUCCACUCUCCAACCAAUCGCAUGCAGACUUUUGACAAGUGAGACAAAAAAUCCAUCAGAUGUUUGACAGAUUGUUUAAUAAUAUAUUGUCUUUUCAUCUGUUGAAAUACUUUUGGGUAGGUUUUUUAAAAACUACAGCAAAAAACAUUAUGCAUGUGGAUUUUAUUAGGCAUACAUAUACAGCAUAUACAUAAUAAUAACAUAAUUCAUUAAUCUCGAAACCUGUAUUUGAGUCUUCUGUGAAACAAAAAAAAGAUUUUGAGAAAGUGGUUUUGUGUCCAUACAAUGGAAGUCAAUGUUAUUUUAGUUGGUUAACGUUCUUUAAAAUCUCUUCUUUUGUGUUCUGCAGAAGAAAGAAAUUCGACAUGAGUGUGUAUAAAUGAUCAAAUAAAUGUUCUUUUUCGGAGGAUCAUUGCUUUAAAUAUUGUACGUAAAAAAAUUUAAUGCUGUUUUGCUAAU